GGGGAGGCUUGUUUUAUCAGAGAACCCCUGUGACCUGGGAGCUGCUUCCAGUGUUCCUGUUGGAGGGAAAGGCGUGCCCAGAGUGAUGGCUGGAUUGAUAGGUGUGUGUUUUGGGCCAUUUGAGCUGACCCUAAAUUUGAAUGGAAGGAUGAAGGUGGUAGGAAAUGCUUAGGGGGAACUGCAGAUCUCUCUCAUUUACCUUAAGCUUCCCAUAAAAACCAAGUUUGGUCUUUUCAAUAUUAACUUCUCACUUGUGUGUAUAGCAAGGAAAUGUAAAUACCAAAGUAGAAUUGAAAAUAAAAUAUCCCAGAUAAAGGGAUGAAUGGUUAGUGUGAGCAGGCUGCAAUAGAUAUCCUUUUAUUGGUGAAUCUGUUCUUCAAUGAGGUGGUUCAGUGGAUUGAGUCAAGCCUAGAGAUGUGAGGUCCUGGAUUCAUAGCUGAUCUCAGACAUUUCCUAGCAGUGUGACCCUGGUCAAGUCUUUUAACCUCCAUUGCCUAGUCCUUACCCCAUUUCUGCCUUGGAACCAAUGCAUAGUAUCGGUUCUAAAACAAAAAUUUUAGAGUUAAAAAAAAAGUAAGCCCUUUGAGGAUAGAAGAAACGGCACAUAUUUGGAAAUAAUUUGACUCUGUGGGGGAAAAAAAAAACCCAAUCUCAUUCUUGGGACUUCAGAUUUUUCAGACAAUCAGCCACCUGUUAGUUGUGAAGGCAUCAUUCCCCCUGACUGUCCCAAGUGAAAGUGUUUACUCCUUCCUUUUGGAAGUUCUAGCCUGCAGUAGUUUCAGUCCUUUGCCCUUAAUCUUUAUCUUUCUUGAAUUAAUUACUUGAGCAUUUGUUAUGAAUGAAUAAUAUCCCAUAGAUUUAGAGCUGGAAAGGAUCUUAUGGGUCAUCAAACCCAGACACCUCAGUGAGGAAAAUUGAGGUCCAGAGCAAUGAAAAGACUUGUUCAAGGCCACAUAAAAAAUAACAGAACUGGGAUUUGAAUGCCUUUGCAAAUCUCUUGAGAGUUUGGCAGUAUCUUAUCUUCCUAUCCCCCAAGUGCCUAGCUCAAUACCUUUCACAAAUUAGGUAGUAACAAAAAUUCCUUGAGUAACUAAUAGGCAAAAACUGAAGGAGAUACAAAAAUAAUUAGGUAAGAUUAGUUUCUGCAUCCCUGAAGCUUAUUUUCUGUUGGGAAGUAGGCAUAGAAGACAAUAACAGAUAAUCAUAAUGUUCUACAUUAGUGAUGUCAAAUUCCAGUAGAAAGCUAUCCCUGUGGACUUCUUAUUGACUUAGAAAACCACAAAUUAACAUUAUGUUGUAUUGUAUUUUUAUUCAUUUUGUUAAACAUUUCCUGAUAACCUUUUAAACUAGUUUGGGCCACACUUGGGAGAUUUUUUUACAGGCAGAAUUUGAUACCUCUGUGUUCUACACUUCAUGGUAAUAACAAAAGGAAAGUCUGAAAGGUCAAGUUUUUAUUAGCAAGAGAGGUGGGAAAGAGCAGAUAUCAUUGAAGACUAUGGAUGAGGAAGCAUUUGAAUUUGGGCAGUUCGGUGCUGAAAUGGAUAGAAUACUAAGCCUGAAGUCAGAAAGACCCAACAUCUAAGUUCAAACCUAGUCUCUGACACUUUAACUAUUUUGUGACCUUGGACAGGUCAUUUAACCUCAGUUUCCUCAUCUGUGAAAUGAGCUGGAAAAGGAAAUGGCAAACCACUAUCUCUGCCAAGAAAGCCCCAAAUGGGGUCACAAAGUCAGAUACUAUGCAAAAAUGGCUGAUUGAAAAAGGAUUUGAGUAUCACUUUAAACAUGGAGAGGAAUUCAGUAUUUGAAGACAGGAAUGGCAGGCUUUUGGCAUAAAGGGAGCCUGUGAACUGAUGCCCUGAGAGAGAAGAGGACAUGGAAAUGGGAAGAGCUGGAGAUAUAAAAAUUAGAAUGUUGGGAGAAAGCAGAGUAGGCCAGUUUGCCUGUAGGAUGCUGGAAAUGAGGCAGCAGAUUUCCUGAAGGCAGUAAGAAGACACUGAAAGGUUUAUAAGCAGAAUUAAUCAUUAAACAUUUAUCAAGAACCAAUGAUUUGCCAGACACUAUACUAAACUCUGGAGAUACAAAAAGAGUCAAAAGUCAGUACCUGCCUUCUAGGAACUUACAGUCUGAGGAAGAGUGACCAGAUCUAUGCAUAUGAAAGAUUCUGACUGUAUGUGAGGGUGAAAAAAAAGUGAAAAUGAAAAAGUAUAAUAGUUCAGACAGAGACAGAUGGUUUUAUGGUGUGGCAUGGAUUUUGUAGUAAGGCACCCUAGAGUUUAUAAAAUCCAGUUCUGUGCCCCCCCCCCAACUACAUUUUUAAAAGGAGGAAAUUAAGUUUAGAGAGUUUAAGUGAAUUAUUCAAAAUUAUAAAGAUAAGUGGCAGCACUAGAAUUUGAAUCCAGGGUCCUCUCUGACUCCAGAAAGUGAAUUUCUACAGCACUAAUGCUGCCUUCCUGGAUGUAAGAGAAACUGGCAGAGUAUAGAAUCAAAAGGUCUUGGUAAUUGGUGUUGGAUGUACAUAGAAGAUGGAGAGAAUAACCUAAGAUAACUAAAGGUUAUAAACUUGGGAGACUAGGAGAGUUAUGGGUCUCUGUCAAAAAUAGUAGAGGUAGGAGGAGGAGUUGAUUUAGGGGAAAACAAUGAUGGGCUCAGUUUUGGAUGAAGGGAGUUUGGUUUUUUAAAAAUUGAUUUGAAUCUGUUUAGCAGUGAGACAAGUCUCAUUCCUAUCAGUUGGAUUUGUUCCCUAUAGAUUUACUUGGAGGGGAGGAAGGAAAUCAAUGAGAAAUAUAAAGGAAUGAUGGAGGGAAUUCUCUAGUGAGAAGCUGGUGCAGAAAAUACACAAAGCACUUGGAAACCAAAGUAAUUUAAGUCAAUAAAAUUUUAGUGUGAAAUAUUCAGGUAGUUGAGACAGAAGUAUUUAGGGUAUUGUUUUGUUGUUUCUUAAAAAUUUGGCUUCUGUUGUGUGGCAUAGAUAACCUUGUGGUUUUCUUCUAAGAUUUACAAAUAAGUCUAAGACUUUAGGGGCAUAGAUUUAGAAUUGGCAGGGAUUUUGGAGAUCUCACAGUCCAGACCUUUUAUUUUAUAGAUGAAAAAACUAAAGCCUAUAAAGGGGAAAUCACUUACCCAAGGUCACAAAGAAAGAAGGUAACCUUAGAGGAGACAGUCCUCUUUAGCACAGGGAUUUGGGGUUUAGCCUGUGAACAGAUGUCAGGGGGUCUGUAUACUUGGAUAGGAAAAAAUAACAUCUUUUUUCUCCCUAUUCAUUUCUAAUUGAAAUUUAAUGUUUCCUUCAAUUAUUUGAAAACAUUUUUCUGAUAAAUAAUUGUGCUUGUGAGCUUCUUGAGGUCUAGCAACUGUCUUUUGCCUUUUAAAAAAUUUUCCAGCUCUUAGCACCAUGCCUAAUACAUAAGUAGGUGCUUAAUAAAUGUUUAUUGAUGAUUGAUUGAGAAAGAGUUCAUUGGUUUCACCAGACUGCCAAAGGAUCCAUGACCAACAAAAAAGUUCAUAUUUUCAGUUUCAGUUUUUUUUAAUUAAGCAUUUUAAAAAAUUACUCUGUCUCUCCUACUAUACCUCUUUCCCCACCUUCUGUUGAGAUAAAAAACAAAAACCUCAAAAUAAAGCCCUUACUACAUAGACUUUUAUAGCCUGGCAAAACAAAUUUCCACACUAGCCACAUACAAAAAUGGUUGUCUCUGCAUUUUAAAUUCAUCAUUGCUCUUUCAGAGUUGUGGUUUAUCAUUAUGUUAGUUGGAGUUCUAAAGUCUUUAAAAGUUGUUUUUCUAUAGUUUUAUCAUUGUAUAAAUUAUUCUCCUUGUUCUAAAUUUAAUUCAUUCUGUAUCAGUUCAUAGAGAUCUUCGAAAUUUUGCUGCAAUUUGUCCCUUUCAUCAUUUCUAAGGAAAUGAUACUAUUCUAUUACAUUCUAUCAUUCACUUAGUCAUUCCCUGAUAUGAGGACAACCCCUUAGUUUGCAAUUUUUGGAUACUAUAUAAAGUUCUGCAAUAAAUAUUUGUGUACACAGAAAUCCUUUUCUUUUUUCUCUGAUAUCUUUUGAGGGGAGUAUAAGGCCUGUUGUCUUUCAGUCAUUUCAGGUAUGUUUGAUUCUUUGUGAUCCCUUUUAGGAUUUUCUUGGCUAAGAUACCAGAGUGGUUUGCUCAUUUUAUAGAUGAAAAAAACUAAGGUGAUUUGACCAGGGUCACCCUUGAGUUAGUUAAGUGUCGGAUGAUGAAUUGGAACUCAGAUCUUCCUGAUUCUAGGCCCAAUGUGCUCCAUCCACUGUACCACCUACCAGCCUGGAAUAUAGGCCUGGUCACAGGGCAUGCACACUUUGGUAACUUUCAGGACAUUUUUUCCAAAUAAUUUCCUAGAAUAGGUGGUCUAAUGGUCAAAUUCACAACUUCACAACAGUGCACCAAUUAGUUAAGAGUCCUUUUAUGCUUUCAGCUGAGGAGAUAAGGAAAACCUUUUUGCUGUAGAGGGAGAUGAAUGGAAAGAAAGGAAGGAAGGAAGACUGGGAAGGAGGAAGGAAAGAGAAAGAAAGAAAGGUGAGAGAGAAAGAGAAAAAAGAAAGAGAAAGGGCAAUAGCAAAUCAGGGGGCUUUAGGAAAAAGGGGGUUAAUGCAGAGGUCAAAGGGAAAUAAGGAGUAUAUAGGUGAGGAAUAGCAAAGUGGUCAAUACGGCUGGAUAAUGAAUGAGUUGGAGGGGUUAUUCAGAGGAGGUGGUAGGUACUGGGGCUGAGUUUUUUUUUUUUUAAUCCUUACCUUCUGUAUUGAUUCUAAGGCAGAAAAGAGGUAGGGACUAGGCAAUGAGUGUUGAGGGACUUGCCCCAGGUUACAUAGCUAGGAAGUGUCUGAGGCCAGUUCAUUUCAACUAGAAAGAAAUGACAAAGGAGGGGAUAGAACCAGCCCUGGAGACAGGAGAUCCUGAGUUCAAAUGUGAUCUCAGACCCUUGCCAGCUGUGUGACCCUAAGUAAGUCUCUUAACCCCAAUUGCCUAGCCCUUACUGCUUUUCUACCUUGGAACUGAUACUUAGUAUUAAGUCUAAGACAGAAGGCGAAGAUUGGAAGGAAGGAAAGAAGGGUGGGAAGGAGAAGAAAGAGAAAGAAAGAUGAAAAAGAAAGAGAAAGGGCAAUAGUAAAUCAGGGGGGCUUUAGAGUGGGAGAAAGGGGGUUAAUAUGAAGGAAGUCUAGCUAAGAUGAUUGGACCCGGAAUAUGAAGGGCUUUGAGGGGAAGCAGUCCCCCCCACCUUGUUUCUGUUAGAAAAGCAGGAAAUGGAGAGGGAGUACAAGGAGAAUCUUCCAGGUAGGGAGGUAGAUGUAGCAAGGAAACUCAAAAUUUUAGUUCACUUUUAAAAUAUUCCAGGAUUAAUUCUUCCUCUAUGACAAAAACUAGCUUAGUUGCAUGUAUAUCUUUGGUAUAUCUUUUUCUCUUCAAGAUCCUCUAAUUCUCCUCUCUCGGCCUCAGUUUCUGCCUCUGUAAAAUGAGAGUUGCUCUAAACCCUCUAUUAAAUCCACCCUCCCUUCUUCCCUGAUUCUCCCUCUGUCUGCCUCUUGGCUAGGGAGACCAUCCUUUGGCUCUGGUUCUUACUGAGCAAAGGAAUGCAAAUGCUGUCCCAUCCCCCAUCCUUUAUAAUAAGUGACAUUUUGUUAAAUCAGUUAUCCGAGGCCUUAUCUGUAUUUCUGUCUAUGCUGGUUUAGUCAAAAUAGGAAAGCCAGUGAAUAUUAGAUUUCUCCUCCCCAACCCCCCUCUACACAUGAACAUUUAAUGCAAGAUUUCUGAUAGAGGAGGGGCAAUGUGUCCUUGAAAAAAAUAAAUGCUAUGUGCAAGAAAAAAAGAAAACAGAAGAAAGGUUGAAGGCUUUGACUUGUAGCAAACGCUGUUUUCAGCAGCUGUGAUUUUCAACCUCCCUCCUCCUAUUUGUUUUUGCUUUCUUUAAUUUUUUUUUUAAUUAAAAGGACUUGCUGGGUUGAAUUGGGUGGGGUGGUGAAUGGGGAGACUGUGGUGGGGAAAGCUUUGAAAUCUCCGGUUUGGAGGAAAUUGAAUGCCAAAGAGAUUUAUGGAAAAUAUAUCUAUAAUUGUGGUGUAAUAAGAUGAUGGACACAUGCAAAAAUUGCAAAGGGGAAAAUAAUUUUUGUGUUUAUGGAAAGUCUACAUGUAGUCUUUCUACCAGAUUAGGAUAUUUAGGGGAGUGAGCGAGGGUUCUUUGAGGGGAUUUUCUCCAUCCACUAUCAGUCAGUUGAUCAAUAAAUUAAAGCCUUUAUUAAAGUGUCUCCCUUGUUCCUAGCACUGUGCUAACCAAUGGAGAUACAAAGAUACAAAUUAAAUAGACCUUUGUCCUAGAGAACCUUAAUUCUAUAGGAGGAUACAACAUGUAGUAUAUACAAAACAAAUAAAACAGACACAAAGUAACCUUGGAGAAAAUACCUCCCCCUAGCUCCAGCUUUCUUAAACUAGUUAUCCAGUCUUUUAGAAAUAGCUUGUUGGAAUUCAGGAUUGUGUCCCACUUUGGAUCUAUAUUAUAGCCUCUUAUUAAUUUUCUUGGAAGUAAAUUAUAACAAAUUUUGUUUUGACAACUUUUACAGAAUUUUGACAUUACUGAGAAACAGGAGGCCUUAUUUUGUUAAUAUUUUGUAAAAACCUCACAAGGCUUUUAUUUAAUUCAAUCUUAUAAGCAUUUUUUAAAACACCUACUGUAUAUAACUACUAUGCUAAGUAGGCCCUGGAGAUUGGGGAAAAGGCACAAAGGAGUCCCUUCACUCAAGGAGCUCACCCUCAACUUUACAAUAGCUUUAUACAUAUACACAGGAGAAAUUUAGGAGAGAUUUGAUUGGGAGCAUUAGGGCAUCACAGAAUUAGUGCUAGAAAUUUCUGUUGUAAAUUUCAUAUCAAGGGUCAGCUGGGUGGCUCAGUGAAUAAAGAGCCAGGUCUACAGAAGGGAGGUCCUAGGAUCAAAUGUGGCCUCAAACACUUCCUAACAGUGUGACCCCAGGCAAGUCAUUUAACACCCAUUGCCUAGCCCUUAUUGUUCUUCUGCCUCUGAACCAAUGUUUGGUAUUGAUUUUAAGACAGAAGGCAAGGGUUAAAAAUAAAUAAAUUGCAGUCUUUUAAAUAAAUGCAUCUAGUAUUAUUAAAAUUUAGGGUUCACAGAUAAAUAUCUAGAGAGUUUUCUAUGGUCAAGGUCGAUAGGGUGGGUUCUUAUAGAACAAUAUUUAAGAGAAAUAAACAGUCCAGUUUUCUGUCCCCAGGAAAAAUCAGAGCAGUAAACAUUUAUUAAGCAUCUGCUAUGUGCCAGGCACUGUGCUAAGUGCUGGAGAUACAAAAAGAGGGAAAAGAUAGUCCCUAUCCUGAAGGAACUUAGCAGUCUAAUGAGAGAAGCAACAUACAAACAAAUAUGUACAAAGAUGUUCAAGUGUAAUUAACAAUUUUUAAAAAAUAAAUUAAAAUUUAAGGGUGCUGGUGGUUUAAAAAUUGUUCAUUUAAAAUGUUUAGCGAUUUUUUGUUUUUAUAUUCAUUUCCCACUAUGCCCAUAACUCAUUCCCUGUUCCAUUCCCUGCUCAAUUAGAUCACCAAAAAGUUUUAAAACUUCUUAUUUAAAAAAGAAGGAAAAGUUAAAACUAACCAACAUAUUUUAAAAGGAGGGUGUGACUUUUCAUUUCUCUGGGACUAAGCUUGAUCAUUAUAAUUUUUCAGCAUUCAUUUUUAGUUUUUUUUUCUUGUUCUUUCUGUUUAUAUUGCUAUAGACUUUGUAUUGUUUUCCUGGUUCUGCUCACUGUUCUUUUGGUGGUUCCAAUUAAGUCUUUUCUAUACUUCUCCCUCUUUACCAUAUUCAUAAUUUCUUAUAGCACAGAAAUAUUCUAUUACAGUCAUAUACUUCAAAUUGCUUAGCCAUUCUCAGUCUAUGGGCAUCUCUUUUGUUUUUGGUUAUUUGCCAGCUGUGUAUUUUUUGCAAGGGGGGGGGAGAAGUUUGCUUCCAGACUUUGAGGGAUUUGGCUGAAAACUUGUUCUCUGUAGAAUAUAACCUUUUUGAGAGCUGAGACUUUUCAUUUUUGCCUUUGUAUUGCUAGCAGUAGGUACUUUAAUACAUGUUUGUUUAAUAGAGUGUACCUUUCAUUUUUUCCUUAUGAUUCAAAGGAAAGAAAGGAAACAAACAUUCAUUAAGUGCCUACUAUGGGCCACACAAUGUGCUAAGCUCUUUACAAAUAUUAUUUCAUUUGAUCUUGACAACUACCCCAAGAGCCUACCUACGUAGGUGCUAUUAUUAUCACCAUUUUACAGUUGACAAAACUGAGGUAAAUUGAAGAUAAGUGGCUCGUCCAGGUUCAUACAGCUAGGAAGUGUCUGAGGGUGGAUUUAUUAAACUCAGGUCUUCUUGAGUCAAGGAAGUUCUGAGUCUGUUGACCUCUGCCAUAUAGUUGCCUGAGAAACUGGUUUCUCUCAUUCUUUCAGUUUUAGUUCAAUCCUAUCCUGACUCCUCUCUGUCCUUAUGUCUCUGUCCUAUAAGUCAUUGGUUCUUCAUUUUUUAUCAUUUCUUUGUCCUCUUUUUUUUUUGUCGAACUGCCAUUCCUCUUUUACUCUUACCCCUCUGGUUCUGAUCAAAGCCAAAACCCUGACCAUAAAACAAUAGUCUCAGCUUUUUAUCAUACUUAGCUCAGUUUGGAUCUUUACCUAAGUCUUGCAUCUACUUCUGGGCUCCACUAUAUGUAUAGUCAUUAUAGAAUUAGAUGAUUUAGGUUGAUAAAUCAUUUUGUUACUCUUCAGUUGUUUCCUACUCUUUGUGACUCCAUUUGGGGUUUUCUUGUCAAAGACACUGACUGGAUUGGUUGGCCAUUUUCUUCCCCAGCUCAUUUUAUAGAUGAGGAAACUGAGGCCAGUAGGGUUCAAUGACUUGUGCAGUCAGUCACACAGCCAGGAAAUGUCUGAGGCCGAAUUUGAACUUGGGAAGAUGAAUCUUUCUGACUCAAACAUGCAUCAGCAAUGUUCUCUAACAAUACUGAAAUGUUAAUUGGGAAAUAAUUAACAAAUAAAAAUAUAAUAGAACUCAGCUAAUGUGAAUAUGUGGUUUCUAAGUCGAUAGAAAGCCUGCUUGUAAAAUUUAGUGAUCUAUAUUUCUUAAAGAUUUACUCCAGUCUCAUUUUACAGUUGAAGAAAUUAAUACCCAGAAUGGUAAGUGACUUGGCCCAAGGGUCAACAGGUGGAAGUGUCAGAGUAGGGAUUUGAAUCUUGAUCUGACUGCUUAGUCCUUCUUCUUAGAAAGAAGCCAAGAUCAUUGACAUUUUGGAAAAUUAAGUUUAUGCUUAGAUGAACUGUAAUUGUUUGCCUUAGAAGAAAGAAAAUAGGGAGGAGAGUGAGAACCCUCAAAUGAGGUGGUAUUAAAUGUAGUGGAAGGAACAGAGGAUGACUUGAGCCAUCAGGAAACCUGGAAAGCUCUGCCUAUAGCCAGUGGUGCUGCUAAUUGCCAGGGAGUAACUAAGUGGGCCAGUGGAUUGAAUGCUGGUCCUGGAGUUCUGAGUUCAAAUGUGGCCUCAAAUACUUUCUAGCUGUGUGACCCUGGGCAAAUCACUUAAUCUCUGAUUGCCUGGCAAAAAUAAUCCAUUGGAUCUACUGGAAAAGGAAAUGUUAAAUCACUCAAGUAACCUUGCCAAGAAAACCCCAUGGAUAGCUGUGGUCCAUGGGGUCACAAAGAGUCAGACAUGAUCAAAUAACAAAGCUGCUGAUUCACUUAGGCCCUGAACAUCAAUGAAAAAAAAAGUCUUUUAAAGUAUAUUUAGAUGAAUUGGAUUAUUUAUUUAUUUGUUUGUUUAUUUAUUGUUUAUUUAAUGUAUAAGGUAAUUAUUUACCUUAGAAGAAAGAAAAUAGGAAGAAGAAUGAGAACCCUGAAAUGAGGUGGUAUUAAAGUGUGAUUCAUAAUAGCCAUCCCUACCUGCUUCCUAAGGUUCUUGUCAAGAUCAGGAAGCUUUGUAAACUUCAGGCUUUAUCAAAGACAGUUAUUGUUUUAAUAACAAGAUUUGGUGUCUUGAGUACAAAACAUGGAAACAACAGUUUUUAAAGAAUUGAAAAUGAUUAUUACACAGAAUAAUGGAAAGGUGUAUGUUGAGUGUGAAGAGGCAGUAACACAUUGUGAACGAGGAAAUCAGAAGAACAGGAGUAAAAUAUAUUAGCAAGCAAAUAUAUGAUAGAAAAAGAUCUAUAAUAGAAAGAAAGGUAGAAAAAAUAUGUGAUAGAAAAAGAUAUAUAAUAGAAAGAUAGAAAAAAAUCUAUGAUAGAAAAAAUCUAUGAUACCAGAUGGGCUGGUAGAGGGAAGGAAAGAGUGACAAAUGGAUAGCUCCAUGUUCCAGUUGGGGUAUCCUUAGGAUGCCUGUCUGUAAAAGGAUCAGGGAAAAUUCUGGUUAGGGAACUUGACAGAGGCUAGAAGUUAGUAAGGAGUCAGUGCAGGUGUAGUUAGGUUGUGAAAUCACAUUGGAGGCCACUCCUGAAUCACUGAGAUCACAGAUGCAUUAGAACAUUGGAAUAUUGAAUAAAAAAGAUACCAUAUAUAGAAGGGGAAAGAAGUUGAUGAAGUGGUCAAAGCUGGACCUGGAGUCAGGAAGAGUCAACUUAAUGAGUUCAAAUCUGAACUCUGACUAGCUGUGUGACUGUUUGCCUUAAUUUCCUCAUCUGUAAAAUAAGCUACAGAAGGCAAUGGCAAACCACUACAGUAUCUUUGCUAACAUAACCCCAAAUGGGGUCAUGAAGAGUUGGAUUUGACUGAAAUGACUGGACAACAGCAAUGCUGUAUUUAAGGCAGACCUUGUUUUAGGUCCUGGGGAUAUAGAUGCAAAGACAACAACAGCAAAAAGUUGAAAGGAUUUCUGACUUAAAAAGAAUUUUCAUUGUUCCAUUAAAAAGGCUGGAGAUGCCUUGAGAUUGUAACUGGCACAUGAACCUGGCCUGAAUUCUUCGAAGUCCCAUUGUGUAAAGAUCAAACAUAUGAUCAUAAUUUUAUUAAGCAAGAGACCUUUAGCUGGCUUAGCUUUUUGCCCAUACUUAUCAACAGAAGGCUAUACAAAUAGAAGUUCUUCUGCUCAGACCUAAAGAGGAAUGUGGAGGGGAGCUAUGUAUCCCCAGCUGGGGCUAGGGGAGAGGUUUGACUUUCCCCAGUAGAGAGAAUAGGACAUAUGAGAGAUCUGGUCUUUUUUCAGCACACAUGGGAUGUUCUUCAUUCAUAUGAAAGUCGCGUUAAUUGGCUCCAGAAUGACAGUGUCUGUGCCCCAUUUCCCAGGGGCUUAUUCCCUGCAAAUCUUUUCUGUCAGUGGGCAAUCUCACGGCUUAUUUUCUGAGGCAUGUAAAUAUUGCAUUGGGAUUCUGGGAGUGGGGGAGCUGGGGAUUGGGAAUAAUCAGACUAGAGGUUAUUAACUACUGGCUAUUUCAUAAUAUAAUGUCCCCAUUUUUGAUGAUCUAGAAGUAAACUUCACUUUUUUAUUAUGAGCACAUGAUUUCAGUUGUUUGAAUCUUUACCUUCCUUCAAGGGUUUCCCUCAAGUACCAGCCUUGAUAGAAAGCAUAUCCUGAUCCUCCCCAGUUAUUAUUUCUUUUGUUGUUCUGCCCUUUCAGUCAUGUCUGACUCUUCAUGACCUCAUUUGAGGUUUUCAUGGCAGAGAUACUGGAGUUGUUUGUCAUUUCUGUCUCUAGUUCAUUUUAUAGUUGAGAAAACGGAGGCCAGUAGGGUGAAGUGACUUGCCCAGGAUAACACAGCUAGUAGGUGUUUGAGGCCAGAUUUGAACUCAGGAAGAGGAAUCUUUUUUAUUUGUAAGACCUGCACUCUGUCCACUGUACUACCUAACUGUCCUCUUACCUCUACUUUGCAUAUAUUUGGUAUAUUCUUAUCCAGGUGGACAUUUUCUUUCUCUUUCAUAGAGUGGUCUUUUCUUGAGGGGAAAGAUUUUCUCUUUUUGCAGUACAUUUCCUUUAUUUAGUAUAGUAACUGGCACAUAGUAGAUGCUUAAUAAAUGCUGAUUAAAAUUUUAAUGCCUCUUCUAGAACUAGCUUACAAACCCCCUCCCCCCAAAACCCUUACCUUUAGUCUUAGAAUCAAUGCUGUGUAUCAGUUCCAAGGAAGAAGAGUGAUAAGUACUAGGCAAUGGGGGUAAAGUGAGUUGCCCAGGGUCACAUAGCUGGGAAGUAGCUGAGGGCAGAUUUGAACCCAGGACCUCCCAUCUCUAUGCCUGGCUCUCAAUCCACUGAGCCUCUUAGCUGCCUCUCUCCCAACUGACUUUUUAAUGCCCCUUAUAGCUUCUAAUCUGGUCAGAUAUUGAAGAUCCAUCUAUUUCUGAUUCCCCUUGAGUUUUAUCAUUCCUGGGGGGGGGUAGCAAAGAGGGGAGAAGGUCUUGCCACAGGUUGCUGUUGGGGGGCAGGACCCUGACUGUAGUGGCAGCCAGUUUCUGGAGUGACUAAUUUCUUUUUAGGUCAAGAGCUACCUAUGUUGAGGACUUCUUGUUUUUACUGUAAGCCAAAGAAUGGGGAGCCUCCUAUUCUGUUCUUGAGUUCAUUGGAUAAUAAUGGUCUGGUCAUUUGUUGUUGCUGCAGAUCAGGUAGUAUUCUAAUAACACUCAAUUAUUUAUUAUAUUUAUUUUCAAUUAUUCCUCUUCCCUCAGUCCUAUGGAAAGUGAGUCUUUGAUGGCUUAUGGCUCUACAGUUCCUUUUCUCUGAGAUUGUCUUCCAUUUACCCUGGUUAUAUCUUGUAGGCUCAUAGUUAUUUGAAUGUCUUCCCUGUUAAACUCUGAGCCCCUUGAGGGGAAGGGAUCUUGGUUUUGCCCCUCAGUUAGCACAGUACCUGGCACAUAUUAGGUGAUUAGUAAUAUUUGAUUGUUGAUUUACUAAUUAAUUUAUGGAUUAAGAGAAUUUGAAGGACUGGUCAGUACUUGAUCAACUCAUUAGAAUUGCAUUGUGGGGUGAGAGGGGAAAGGAACAAGUCCUGGAAGCCGAGGGUGAAACGGAAGGCUGAGAGGGACCAUAGAGAUGGAAACACAGAAUCUCAGAGUUGAAAGGAGCCACAGAAGUCAUCUAGUCCAGUCUGUACCUGAACAAAAAUUUCUACUACAAGCAGCAUCUUUUAAGGACCCUACCACAAGCAACACUCCUGAAAGACCCAUCUUUUUACAGAUAAGAAAACUUAGAAAGAUUGUAUGCUGCCUGGGCAGGAGUCUUAGAAGCUGAUCAGCAUAAUCCUCAAACAGCCAUACCAGGCCCUUCCCCCACCCUGUGAGCAGCAUGCAGGCAGCAUGACGGGCCAUAGGAGAAGUGACCAGAGCCAGCCCCUUUGCUCAGCCAACUGCUGCCAAGGUCACGGCGUGAAUUGCAUCUCAUUGACCAUUCAGCCUUUGGCCUGUGCCCUGACCCUUGUGAAGACGUGAAGCCAUCUGCACUGGCCAUCGGUGUCGUGGGUUGACAAGGAGCCCCCGGCUCCCGCCAUGUCUAUGUACUCCUCAGCUGUCGAGUAGCUCCAGUAGCAACUCUCAGCCUAUCUCAGGGUUUUAUUCUAUUUUUCUUGUCCUUCUCUCCCCUCUCCCCUUUAUUUUUAAUGGUUUUGGUGCCUCUGCAUUUAGGACCAAGUAGGGAGUCAUGGGGGAUCAGCAGAUGUACAAAGCUAAUCAUACAGUCCAUGGUAAUGAGAACCUUUACUACCAACAGCCACCACACAAUGCUCUGAGUGGGGGCAAUGGGAUCAACCACAGUUAUGGGGGCACUGCGUCAGCUGGGGGUGGCAUGGAAGCUUCCCAGACCUCUCCCCUCUCUCCCCACUUCCCCCAGGACUCUCAGGAAAGCCUGGGCCUGGCAACUGGUUCCAAGAAUCUUGGCUUGAUGGACAACUCAAGGCAAGAGAGUUGGGGGGGCCAUGCUGGACCAAACAAUCACAUCCAGCUGCGUGGUGGACUCACCAACCCCAAUGUGAUGUGGGGGGCAUCUGCUCAGGUGGAGCCUGCUGAAGGCUACCCGUACGCCUAUCCUCAGGCCAGUGACCUCCGGGCCCAGAAGAUCACCAGUGGUGUCCUCCACAAAUUGGACUCUUUCACCCAGGUGUUUGCCAACCAGAACCUGAGGAUCCAGGUCAACAACAUGGCCCAGGUGCUCCACAGCCAGUCAUCAGUGAUGGACGGUAGCAAUGACAGUGCCCUCCGCCAGUUACUGUCCCAGAAGCCCUCCGAACCUCAGGCAGUGACCGCGCCUCCCGCCGUACCCCCCCGCUACCAGCAGAUACCCCAUCAGGCCCAUACUGGUUUUGCCAACGGUCCACCAAGACCACCAGCUCUGCAGGGCGGGCAGCACCCCUCCCAAGCCCAUCUGUACUAUGACUACCAACAGCAGAUGGCCCAGAUGCCCGCCCAGGGUGGCCAGCCCAUGCAGAGCCAGCAGAUGCUGCCCCAGCCGAUGCCACAGAUGCAACAGGCCCACUACUACCUGCAGCAGCCCCAGUCAGGACAGCAGCGGAUUCCCAUCCCAGAUAUGCAGCAGCAGCAGCAGCAACAGCAGCAGCAGCAGCAGCAGAGCAGGGCCCAGCAGCUGCUGCCACCACCGCCCCCCCAGCGACCCUGCUCCAUACAAUUACCUCAUUAUUAUCCAACACAGCCCAUGAUGCCCCAGUUACAGCAGCAGCAGCAGCAGCAGCCACAGCCGCCACCAAUGCAACUCCAGCCCUCCUCCUAUCACAGGGAGCCUGGCCCCAAAUCUGUGCAUGAUCCCCACCAGUACUCCCAGGAGCAGGCCAGCCACCCAGUCCAGCUCAUCCAGCUGGGAUCUGUGCCCCAGUACUUCUAUCAGGACCCUCAGCCGCAGUACAGCCGGCACUUCUACCAGCAGAGCCUCCUGCAGCAGCAGCAGCAGCAGCAGCAACAGCAUCGGGACAAUGUGCAACAGAAGAGUUACCAGGGUGACCGGCAAGCCAUGCUGGCCUCCCAUGGCGGACUGGGGCUCCCCGACCCAGGGGUGGAGGAGAUGAACUCAGUGGGCAACAGUCUCACCCAUAGACCUCUCCUGUCACAAGUGGGGAUUCACCUCAACAGCAAAGGACCCCCGCACCCGCAGCUGUCUCCUGGCUCUGUGUGGUCCCAGAUGCAUCUCUCUGAUGGCCGAGCCCAGCCAGUGUCCCCUGAUCCAAGUGCUCAGCCCCCAGGGGCAUUUGGGGAACAACUCGAUGCUAAGAACAAAUUGACGUGUUCCAUCUGCUUCAAGGAGUUCAAGAGUCUGCCUGCCCUGAACGGCCAUAUGAGGUCGCACGGGGGCAUGCGAGCCUCCCCCAACUUCAAGCAGGAGGAAGGAGAGAAGGCUCUGCAGCUCCAGCCACCUCUGCCACCCCAGCAGCAGCAGCCACCGCCGCCACCGCUGCCGCCCCAGUCGCAGCUCCCUCCUGAGGUGGAAAACCCCCUUCCUAUCGUCAUGCCCGUGUCUGUCCCUGUCAAGCUUCUCUCACCUGAGCCCAGUCCACAGGUCAUCACCAACAACAUCACUGCUGCCAGAGACAAGCCGGCCAGCUCCAUGUCGGACGACGAGAUGCCCGUUCUCGUGAGGAUGACCCUCUCUCCCCCGAAUUCACCCAAAGUGGCUGCCCCCUGUGCACCCUCUGAAAUUCCCAGAAAGCAUCAGCCAGGCAUGGCCAGAGCUGAAGAACACUUUAAGCCCACCCAGGACAAGAAGAAAUACCGUCACCGUCCAGAACCACUCUUCAUCCCCCCUCCCUCCUUCAACCAGAACGCCUCCUCUUACUCAGCCGCCACCUUGUAUCAGAGCCAGCUACGAUCCCCGCGCAUCCUCGGGGACCACCUCCUGGACCCUGCCCAUGAGCUGCCUCCCUACACGCCCCCACCUAUGCUGAGCCCUGUCCGGCAGGGUUCUGGCCUCUUCAGCAAUGUCAUCAGCACCUCCUCUCAAGGUGUCCCCCACCCGCAGCUGCCACUCACUCCUCUGACACCCACACCUCGAGUGCUCCUCUGCCGCUCGAACAGCGUUGAUGGUGGCAACCCAGCACUCACACCAGGCCUUGGGGAACAGUCAGUGGACAUUGAACCACGCAUCAACAUUGGUGUGAGAUUCCAAGCAGAGAUCCCUGAACUUCAGGAUGUGUCUUCCCUCUGCAAUGACACACACAAGGCCACACUGGUGUGGAAACCCUGGCCAGAGCUGGAAAACAAAGAAUUCCAAAAGAGAGUGGAAAAUUUGCUGAAUUUGUGUUGCUCAAGCGCAUUGCCAGGAGGAGGGACAAAUUCUGAAUUUGCCUUGCACUCCCUCUUUGAGGCCAAAGGUGAUAUUAUGGCUGCUUUGGAAAUGCUCCUGCUGAAGAAACCCAUCAGAUUUAAAUGUCAUCCUUUAGCAAAUUAUCACUAUGCUGGAUCGGACAAGUGGACCUCCCUAGAAAGAAAACUAUUUAACAAAGCACUAGCCACUUACAGCAAAGAUUUUAUUUUUGUACAGAAGAUGGUGAAGUCUAAGACUGUGGCCCAAUGUGUUGAGUACUACUACACAUGGAAAAAAAUCAUGCGCUUAGGGCGGAAACAUCGAACGCGCCUUGCUGACAUCAUAGAUGAUUGCGCGGUCAAUGGCACACUUAGGAAGACACCUCUGGGUGGAACAAAGACAAGUGAAGAAGAGGAGGAAAUAGAAGAUGAUGAUGACCUGGAAGAAGACAGAAAGUCCACAAAGGACGAUGACCCAGAUGUGCAGAAGUCCCCAGAUCCUCCCCCCAUCACGCUUGUGGCACCCAUAGACCUGCCAUCGCUUCAGAGCCUUACACCCUCCUCCGUCUCCUUUGUCUGUGAAAUGCCAAACUGUGGUGCUGUGUUCAGUUCUCGGCAGGCACUGAACGGCCAUGCUCGCAUCCACGGUGGUACAAACCAGGUUGCCAAAGCCCGGUGCUCAGUUCCCCCUGCAAAGCAGAAACAAGGUGCCCAGAGUGGGUACUGCUCUGUGAAGAGCUCACCAGCUCACAGCACAACGAGUGGUGAGACCGACCCAACCACUGUCUUCCCCUGCAAGGAAUGUGGAAAGGUGUUUUUCAAGAUCAAAAGCCGUAAUGCCCACAUGAAGACCCACAGGCAACAGGAAGAACAACAGAGGCAAAAAGCCCAGAAAGCUGCAGUCGCCGCCGAAAUGGCAGCUGCUAUCGAGAGGACUACUGGGCCAGUGGGACCUGGGUUGAUUCCCUUGGACCAUCUGAGUUUAAUAAAACAUGUGGAAGAUGUGGACAUUCUUGGUGACGAUGUCGUCCAGGAGUUGGGAGGUGUCAUGGAACAGACUGAAGUCGUGGGCACAGAUCUCCUCUUGGAUGAUGACACCACUCUGCUUCAGGGUGACACAGAACUGUAAAGAACCCCGCGUCUCCGAGAGACAGUUCAGGCCCUUGGAGCUCAUCCUUACUGGUCAGGAAUCCAUGACUGCCUGCUUCAUUUGCAACUAUUUUAAACUACCUGUUUUUAAAAGGAGUUCCUUUUAUUCAGGUCUAAAAAACAAGAAAAUCCUUAUUUUUUUCCCUUUUCUAAAAAAAAAAAAGAAAGAGAAAGAAAAAAAUUUUGUGGGGGGUGGGGGGAAAUAAAUAAUUGGCACAAAUAUCUUUAAGAAAUGUUUCAUCUGGGUAAUGUUCUCACGAGUUAACUCCUGACAGCUACUGAAGAUGGGUCCCCCACCCUACCCUGGCGUUUUGUUGGAAAUAUCUCAAAUCUCAGGCCUCACGUUUGCAUUUUUCCCAAAGCUUCCCAUAUCCCUUCACACGUUCACAUGGAGGGUGCUACAGAUUUAGGUUGAGGACUCGGGCCACGCAAGAGUCCAUAUCCCAUUAUGUCUUUGUAGCUGGAUGCAGUAAAUUGGGCAAAAUGAGUCUUUUUAUGUCAUUCCUUCAAACACAUCCUUGGAUAAGUUGAGCCAAUGUGAAAUGAAGGUCCAUCUCCCCGCUGCCUUUCUCGUCAAUGGUUCUCUUUACAGGAAUCGAUGUGCUGUGUAUUCUCAGGCUUCUCUCCAUUGGGUUCUUAAUAAGGCAGUCAUUGGCCAUUCCCUGAGCUGGGAGGACAGGAACCUGCUUGGGAAGGAAAUACUGGUUAGGAGGCUCAUAUUCAGUGACCUGACCCUCCUGGGGUAUUAGACGGGGAGAGGAGGAUCCCUGGCUACAUGCCUAAAGAAGGGAGGUACACGAAUGGAGAAGCGGGGCAGUUCUUCCAUUUGUAGGGAAGACGAGCGAGUUGUGGACUCCCAAAGGUAAGGAUUUGUCUUAAAAAGGCUUUUCUUUAUGGAACAUAGUAGCUGGUUGGAGGCUCAUAUUCCCUUUAGGACCCCUGUUCAGGGGAGCCCAAAAUAAGACCUUGGGCCAUUUAGAAGUACUGUGAAAACUCAUUAGGAUUUAGCUUAGGCUCAGAUGCUGGACUGAAGUUUACCUCUGCACUAACUAUGGGAUGGGAAAGGGGUUUGCCAAGCCAACUAGUGGUAAUAAAUGGGAAAUAAUUGAGUGAAGGCUCAUGGUGAUUCCAUGCAUCCCUUUGGCCACGAUGUCCUAGGAUUCAGACCCGGAAUAUACUUAAUAUGAAUGAUUUCCUAAAGUAACUUUCAGGAUUCUCUCAAGACACAGCUGGGUUCCCCCUUCCCUUGACCCUGACAGCAGUGUUACUGUGCAUACUUGAAAGGAAUAAAUCUUCAACUCUUUUGCAAGUCAUUUAUAAUAGCUCAGAUACUUUUCCACUUCAGACAAGACGAACCGUCUUCCAUGAUACUUAGAGAAACUAGGUAGGUUCCAGGAUUGGGACCCAAUCUGGUAGGGAACAGAGUUCUCAGACAACCACUGUAAAAUAAAUGCCAUGUGACUUUUUAAACCUUUGGGGGGACUCCUGACCACCUUUCUCCCCACCCAUCUUUUCUAAUUCUCUUAUCUCUGAGGUCCCUGGUUCCUUGUGCCAAUCUAGUGAGUGAUUGACCCUCAUCAGUGGCUUGGCCUUGGACAGGAUUAGAGAAGGAGUAAGGGACUUUCAGGAGGGAAGGGCCUGGCCACUUCUUACAGGGGCCUUUCAAAACCCCCAGGUAACGCCUCUCCAGGAAAAGUCAUCAUCGUCACACAGGCAGCUUGGCCUCAUACCUAGCUUGUGCACAAAAACCUCAGAGAAUGACAAAAAUAUAAGCAAAUGAGCCUCAUUUCAAUCAACUGUGCUUUUAAAAAAUGGAAUUUCCUCGGUUUCUUCUUCCUCUGCUUAAUAUACAUAUGUAUCUGUAUGUAUACAUACAUAUAUGUAUAGUUGUGUGUCAUUCAUUGCCAUUUCAGAUCAGUUUUGAGACCUCAGAUUUCAUGCAUUUUUAAAUGAACUUUUUUUUUUGCAUGUAUUGAGGGAUUUCUGGCAGUUUCCCCCAUGUUGUGAAACUGUUCCAGAACUAUUCAACCCAGGAUCUUCCAUCUACUGAGUGUCACAGUUGGACCAAUUAUGCCCUUAUGUGGAUAGGACACAAUAUUUAGUAGAAUAAUUCUAAGGUGGCUCUGUUUCUGGGGCCAAGGUCACAGCAGCCUCUGGGAUCUGAAAGGAUGUCUGUCAAACUUAAAAACACAGAGUUUAUAAAAGCAGCGAGUGCAUUAUUUAAAGAUGACCCAUAUAUACCAAUUUUCAACAUUAAAGAGACAAAACUCAGACGGCACAAUUUUAUUUAACUUUCCACUUGGCACAAUUUUAUUUAACUUUCCACUUGGUUCCACAUAAUACUAUUGAUGUGAAAUAACCAAAGAAUUCUCCCCUCCCAGACAGACGGGUCCGGGUCCUGAAUUAAUAUUUCCUGAUCGUUUCUACAUAAGAGAAUCAAAUUUGUAUGAAAAGAAUGCACUUACCCUUUUUACUUUUAUUUUUUGUUAAGAAAAAAAAAGAUUCUGCCUGCAUCAAUAUCUUGUUUUGGCUUCCUCCCCUCUAAAAGGAAAAAAAAAACACUUCAUCUUUAACGGUUAAUGAUUUCAACAAGGUUGAUGUUUACUUUCAGAUGUUUUCACUAGUGAAUUUAGCCCUCUUUGAGAAAGCUUGUACAGAAAAAGUGAACAGAUAUAUUUUAUGGGGAAAAAAAGCCCACCUUAUUUUCAGAUAUAUUUAACUGCUGUUAUAUUUUAUUAGCAGAAGGGUGUAAAUAUUUUCUAGGAGUUCUAUUGUAAAGAAGAGUAUUUUUGAAAAAAAAUUUAAUGUAUUAAAAAGGAAAACAACAUUUUAAAGUUGUGGUUAUGUUCAGUUCCUGUUAUUACUUCCUGAUGUUCUGUUCUCAAAAGUGUUCUCAACGGCUCGUUUGCAUGCCUUCUCCUUGCUAGAUGUAAUUUAUUCAAGUUUAUGCCGGUUUUGAGUUUGAUUUCAUGAUCUUUGGUGUGUUUGGCUGUAUUUUCCCAGCAUGCAGUAUACUUGGUACAUUGCCAAAGCUCUUUGUAUGACAUAUUCAUAGUAUUUCCUUUUGUGAUGUGUUGUGUUUGUGUGUAUGUGUGCUUUUUUUUAAAGAAAGAAAAAAUAAAGAAUUUUAUGUCACA